UUUAUUGUCAGACGUUUGUACUUUGUAAUGUUUGUAUUAUAAUGAUUACUUUAGUUUUAACUUCUUAGUUUAUUAAUUAUUAUUCAUUAAUUAAUUGAAAUUUGAAUUUCCAUGUGUGGUUGCCAGUUAAUUGAUGUAAUUUUAUAAUAUAGUUCGCUAUUUUGAACUACUGACAACUAUACUAACUGCAUAAACGAUGAAAAAAAUAACAUUUGCAAUCACAGCUUGAAGACAAUAAAGUUAACAUAAAUAUGUUUGAAUACCAAAGAAAUCAUUAAUUUGAAAACGCCUGAAAAACUUCUAUUUACCUGAAUCCUAGUUCAUUACUUAUGAAUUAUGAUAAUAUAAUUAUAUAAUAAUAUUCUAUUCAUUUAUGAGAUUAAGAAAUAAUAUUUCUCUAAUGGAAUUAUGAUAGCAGUUAAUUCUAUAAGCCAAUUUUUUAGACAACAGCCUAGCCGUGGAAAUUUGUUUCGUGGAUUUUCAAAAGCAGCCGUGAUGAAUAACUGUAGACUUGCUCAAGAUACAUUUGUAUUAAGACAGUUAUUUGAUAAAGAAUCUUGGACGUAUACUUAUCUAUUGGCUGAUUAUGUAGCAAAAGAAGCAAUAAUUAUUGAUCCAGUAAUUGAACAGGUGAACCGUGAUCAUUCAAUACUUAAGCGACUUGGCUUAAAUCUUUUAUACUGUGCCAAUACUCAUGUACAUGCUGAUCAUGUGACUGGAACGGGUGAAUUGAAGAAGUUAAUACCAACAUGUGAAAGUAUUAUUUCUCUAUGUAGUGGAGCUCAAGCAGAUAAAUAUGUGAAAUCAGGAGAUGAAAUACAGUUUGGAAGAUACUCUGUUGAAGUACGACAAACUCCAGGACAUACUAAUGGUUGUAUUACAUUUGUCUGUCACGAUGAAGCAAUAGCAUUCACUGGAGAUUGCUUAUUGAUUGGUGGUUGUGGACGUACUGAUUUUCAAGAAGGAGAUGCUGAAACUUUAUACACUUCUAUUCAUGAACAAAUAUUUUCGUUGCCUGAUUAUUAUAAAGUAUAUCCGGCACAUGAUUAUACGGGUCAAACCGUUUCAACUAUUGGAGAAGAAAAGACUUAUAAUCCACGUCUCUCAAAGUCUCUAGAUGAAUUUAUUGAAUUGAUGAACAACUUAAAGUUAGAUUAUCCUAAAAAAAUUGAUGUUGCUUUACCUAUCAAUUUGAAAUGUGGUAUUCAAGACGAUUUAGUGAACAAUGAUUGACAAUUUUAUUUUACCAUAAUAUAAAAUAUUGAAUUUUAAA